AUGAUCAUCAUCAGGCGCAUGCCCAAAGUAAAGCCCCCCGGAGCGACCAUUUUUUUAAGCAAAGCUGCCCACCUCAAGUCCACUUAUUUUGCUGGCGGCUCGUCGCAUAGCCGCUGCUGCUACUCUGCACGCAGAAAUGACGACGACGAAAGGGGGACACCCAAACAAGAGGCAACUCACCAAACGAAACGCAACACGGAAAACAAAGCAAACGAAAAACAUGGCGACAUGUGGAGCUUCCUAGCCUUUGAAAAAAACAUCACCUUCUUUUCGGUCAAUUUUUACAUCCUCCUUGCCGCCGUCCUGGCGUUGCACUUUUACAACAAGGCGAACGAAACGAACGGGACCAGCGAAGUCGACCAAGCUAUGGAGCGCGAGCGCAAGAAUUUGCUCGAAAUGGAAGAGAAAAGAAAAAAAUUGCAAAACUGA